AAAGAUUGUACACCUGUAUUCGCAAAUAGUAUGACGAUGACUGGUGGUGCACCGGCACCCUUCUCACCCGCUGGUGAUGUUAUCUCCCGCGUUGAUAGUGAGACUAUGACGACUACGAGCUUCCCUGGAUCAGGCGGCCUCCUUCAGCAGCCGGCUCGAGAAGAUCGCAUGAGUAUGAAUUCCCAAGCAACUAGCUUGUUGAGUAGUGCUCCUCUUGUUGAUCAAGUUGCUCCUAGUACACCAAGGUGGAAGCCGCGACAUGAUAUUGUGGUUGAAAGAGUAGAAAGUGCUGGAGCAACAGAAUCGGCGACUAGCAAUUGGGUUUGGGGCCAAAGCGGCCACGAGCCUUCACAGUCAUUCACACCAGGAGCCUUCACAUCUUGGAGUCACGAACUUCAAGGAGGACUGAUCUCACCAACUGGAACAAUGAUGCUAAGGCUUUUUCAUCAUGCUUGUAAUUAGAAUUUGACUCUCUCAAUCUGAUUGGUUGAAUGAGAAUUAAUUAUCCGACCAAGUAGAACAUAAUCAUGCAACACACAGAAAUUGUGUUGUUGUUCAAAUUUGGGCUUGUUCUUGAUGAAGCUUAGCAAGCUAGGGUUUCCCCACUCAACCGUAGUUCCUUGACGUCUGUGAUUCCCAAUUCCAUUUGGAUGCAAAAUGAUCAAUGUCCUCAGUGUCUUAUUCCUUUUGUGUCCUCCGCUAAAGACUGCUCGUCCACAGUCUCUUUUCUAAUAGCAGCUGUGGACGAGCAGUCUUCAGUGGAGGACGACCAGGAUCUUGCGUGGUUAAUCGCGCUGCUGAAACAUUUACAAGGUCCUGACGUUUUAGUCAGGCUAUUUGGGGAUGAAAAUGGGUCACGAGUGCUCGAUUUGAUGGUGGAACGCUACGAGGGUAUUUGGUAUUGGCUUGCACUCAAAGUGUUGGAUAAUUAAGGCAAGAACGCAGGGAGCAUCCUCAACAUCAUCCUCGGCUUCCAUUUCAACUAGGAAGAGAACCAGAGGACGAUGUGAUAGGGGAUGCAACGGCGAUAACCCUAAGAUAAUCAACGACAAGGGUUGCACGGGGAGCGCGACGAACGCAAGUGUCAAUCUGCGGGGAUCGCUUCGCAAGCUAACAAAAACCUGCAAAUGGGAUACAGAAGAGCAAGAGCCACCCGCGGAGACAGCUACGAAACG